UGAUGAUGAUGAUGAUAAGGAUGAUGGAAGUAAGUCGUAAAACGCCGCAAAGCUGCGCUGCUGGCAAACAGCGCUUCCUGUGACUCUGCACGAGACGAGAAUUAAUUAUUUUUCUACCUUUUUUACACUUACUUUUCUCAGCACGUCAGUGUCUCUACAGUUCAUCCACUUCCUGUAAUGAUCAGCGCAGUUUGUGUGUGAGGUUCAAAGUUCCACUGAAUCAUGCGGUUUGCUUUGCUGCAUUCAGGUGCUGGUGGCAGCAUCGGAAAUCACAAGGUUCACUCCAAAACUGUCAAUAAAGUGGGGAACUAGGUCACCAAAUUGUACACUUUAUUUAGUAAAACAAUUGAUGGGUAAAAUAAAACUACUAGUGCUAAUAAUUCUUUAUUUUACAUUUGCUUUCCACUAUGACUGCACUUGUACAAAAAAUGCUAACACCUCUGAUAUUCAUAUAGCCUACUUAAAUUUGAUGAUAUAUAAGGAUUUGGGGGAAAAUAAUUGUAACCAGAUAAUGGCAGUAGAUAAAAAGUCAGUGGGUCAGGGAAGUGAUUACAUUUUUUUCAGAGGGCGACAUGAACGUCUGGUUUGUGCCAAUCCAUCCAAUAGAUGUUGGAGUAUUUCACACAAUAACUGAAAGCUUUGACCUGCUGAUGGUGCUGAAGAAAAUAUCACGGGUUCACCAGAGUCAGUAGGAUCCACCCUCUUGCAAUCACGGAUAUCUGAAGAAAAUUUAAUGGCAAUCCAUCAAAUAGUUGUUGAGAUAUUCAAGUCUGGACCAAGGUAGUUUACAAUAAUGCAUCCUUUGAGCUAUUUUUACAGCAUGGCUAAAAAUAUGUGGGGCAAAGCAUAACACAUGCAUCAAAAUAAAAGGCUUUCAUAUAUAUGUGUUUCCACAAAUGUGUUUCAAAUGACACACUAUCACCAUAUUCACCAUAGCCUCCAAAAACCUGACUUUGGUAGUGUCCAAUUUCCUGUUUAAUUUACCCCAAACUGCAUUUAUGAUUCUGGAAUUUACUCAGAGUAUUUAAAGGCAACAAUUGCAAAGCGCUUCCUGUUGUGGGAACUGUAGUGUUACUGUACAAAAAAAUUGCCACACAUAGACGCUUGAGUGCAGACUUCAUGAAGAGUCUAAAAUAACCACAGACAUCCAGAUUUAUAUUUAAUUUAAAAUGCAGACUGCACCGGCAGGUCGAGUUUCAUUCAGCCUGUUUUAAAUUUGUUGACAAUUCUGUACAAGCCAAAACAUUAAAUAACCAAAUGUAAGCCUAAUUUAAAAUAGAUGAUGAUGAUGACAGCAAAGUAAGCAGUUGGUGACAAAACACAUUAAAUGUACACAUAUCUGUAGUCUCGUGAUCAUCACUACCACAACUUUGCCUUUUAUAAACAUAAUAGUAUUGGCCUCUGCCAUGUGAGUGUGCAAGUUCAUGUGCACACAUGUAUGAAAAACAUGUAGGCCUCCACAGUAUGUUUAAGAAAGGGUGAAGGGUUAAGAGGGUUGACAUUUUCGGGCAAGAAGGGUAGCUGGGGGCAGAGAAAAGGUGGGGAGAAGCAGCAGCAGCGCUCUUGGAGGAGGAGAGGGUCAAAGAUUGAAUUUCGGCCUGACAGCAUUCCCGGGGCCGCACUGAGCGUGAGAGAUAGCGUAAGUGAAGACUGUCAGUGACCUACAAACAAGCUUAACUAUCUUAACUUCACCCGCGCGGCAGAUUAACGCCGAAGCAGCAGCAGCCCCUGAAGGAGCCACACUACUCCCUCUGCCACCUCCCCUCCCAAACGUGACACAUGAAGGUGGGACAACAGGGAGGAGGAGGAGAAGGAGGAGGAGGGGUUGUCUGGAGGGUUGUCUGGACAUCAUGAUGAUGGGAAUUGAUACACAAACUGUCUCAGUGGGAAGGAAAGGGUCAGCCCAAAAGGCACCCUGAGGUGGAGGUGCCGUAUGAGUCAUGGUCACUAUCUGGAGGGGUGCUUAGUUUGAAUCAGCAGCUCUGGCAGGCAGACGGGGUCUCGGAGGUCUCUACUGGGUGAACUGGACAUGGCGAUAAACUGAGUGAAGAGGAAAGAAAAGUACGUCAAGAAAUAGAGCCUAAGUGAUGGAUAAUCAAGACAAGGGAGGAGGUAAAGGAAGAGAAGGAGGAGGGCAGACAAAAGACAAACAGAAAGCUGAGGAUGUCGACGAUGUAGAAAAAAAGACUAAAGACAAGCAAAACAAGUUGGAGAAGGAGAGCAAUGGAGAGGUAAAGAAACACAACCGUCGUCACAUGAGGAACGGCUGGGCUGUGAAGGAACGUCUGGUCAUCAACGUGUCGGGGAUGCGUUAUGAGACCCAGCUCCGCACCCUCGCCCAGUUCCCGGACUCCCUGCUGGGUGACCCCCUGCGUCGCAGUCGCUACUUUGACCCUACACGGAAUGAACUCUUCCUGGAUAGAAGCCGUGUCUGCUUCGACGCCAUCCUGUACUUCUACCAGUCAGGCGGGAGGCUGCGGAGGCCUGCCAAUGUUCCUCUGGACAUGUUCCUGGAGGAGCUGCGCUUCUAUGAGCUCGGAGAAGAGAUCAUCGACCACUACAAAGCGGAUGAAGGAUUCCCCAAAGAGGAGGAGAGGCCCUUACCCACCAAUGAAUUGCAGCGUCGCCUCUGGAUGCUGUUUGAGUAUCCGGAGUCCUCCAGUGGAGCUCGGAUCAUCGCCAUCAUUAGUGUCAUGGUCAUCGUGAUCUCCAUUCUUAUCUUCUGCCUCGAGACUCUGCCUGAGUUCAGGUUGGAGAAGGAACAGAGGGAGCAAUCCGUCACCAUACCUCACCCCACUAUAGCCAACGAAACCAUCUCGGUCCCACCUGGCUUGACUACCUUCCAGGAUCCCUUCUUCAUCGUAGAGACGGUCUGCAUCAUCUGGUUCUCCUUUGAGCUCAUCGUGCGCUUCACCUGUGCUCCGAGCAAGGUGCACUUCUUCAAAGACGUGAUGAACACCAUCGACUUCUUCGCCAUCAUUCCCUAUUUUGUCACCCUGGGCACGGAGCUGACCAAGGACAAAGACGCGCAGCCGUCCGUGUCUCUGGCACUCAUCAGGGUCAUCAGGCUGGUGAGGGUCUUCAGGAUCUUCAAGCUCUCUCGUCACUCCAAGGGCCUCCAGAUCCUGGGCCAGACACUGAAGGCCAGCCUCAGAGAGCUGGCCCUGCUCAUCUUCUUCCUCUUCAUUGGAGUCAUACUCUUUUCUAGUGCCGUCUACUUUGCAGAGGUGGACAGUCCUAACACGUCGUUCACCAGCAUCCCUGAGGCAUUCUGGUGGGCUGUGGUAUCCAUGACAACAGUCGGCUAUGGGGACAUGUACCCGGAGACGGUCGGGGGGAAGCUGGUGGGCUCCAUGUGCGCCAUCGCCGGCGUGCUCACCAUUUCUCUGCCUGUGCCUGUCAUUGUGUCCAACUUCAGCUAUUUCUACCACCGUGAGAUGGAGUGUGAGGACACGACAGAGUACAACCAUGUCGCCACAUCACUCUGGGACAAAGAGGACGAUGAAGAGGGGGAAGAUGAGGAAGGAGAUGACGAGGGGCAUGAACACAUGGGAGAUUAUGUGCCCUUGUAUGGGCAGGACAGCAGGGGUAUCUGCCCACCGCUCAAUGGGACUAUCCUAGCAGGACUUUGUGCCGGACAGGAAGCUGGUUAUCAGAGAGGGAUAAACUUUUACCUCAAAGAACCUCUGGUCACUCAGGUUUGACAGAGAGCAGGGCGGACAUGUAAUGCUGCCUCACUUAAAGAAGAAGAGAGUGCAACGAUGGAAAGAUUCUGGUAGAAUGAUACAGGAGACUUGGACUGAUAUAAGCUCUACUUUGUUACUUUUGUGACUUUUGCAUGUUUUUGCAUGAUAAUAUUUGACUCAUUGAUUUACAGCAAGAAUCUAUUUUCUUAAUAAAUAAAUAAAAACUCUGCAGGUCAUUAGACAAAAUUUACUGCUGUGUUAAAGACAUGUCCAGGCGUUAUCCUCUAUCCAGCUCAAUUAAAAAAAACAUUCUACCUGCUGCCAGUAGUGUCCCCAAAAUUUUUUCAAAGGGGUGGCCAGAUGGGCCACUGAAAAUCUUGGGGGUGGGACAGUAAAACCAAAAGCCAUAAAUGAAUUUCAACGCUGUCAAGGCUAAAACUAUGUCAAUAUGGAGAGUUAUGGAAUGGCAGUAAUUAGCUGAUGUGCAGGGACUAAAACCAGCACAGUUUACAUUUUGAGUCACACAACAAUCCUGUUAUAAUGUUUUAUCUAUCUGUACAUGUUCGGCAAUAGGCUGGUUGUCCUUUUCCUUAAAAAGGAAACAUACUGCUUUAAUUCAAAGGAGCACAUUGAUUGUAAGGAACAAAACAUUUACUGAGGACACGCCUUCUGAGGUUUAGGGGAGACUCGUGGGUACCCAUACAACCCAUUUUCAUUCAGGUACCUGAAGUCUGUAGCAUUACGCCUCCUUCCCGACAAGCUCAGUCGACACGGUUGGCACCAAUGGAUGCCUUAGAUUGUCUUGUUUCAUGAGACACCAUUAGGGUAGCUUAAAAAAUGAGCACAGCUAUUAAAGACGGUAAUAUUGGCUGCCAAUUAUUUUUUAAGGGUGGCCUACAAUUUUAUCAGGGAGGCAAGAAAAAUAAGAUUAACCUGGUUAUAAAAGUUCCAUGUAAUGACUCCUUUCAUGGGUCCAUAAUUUACCUAAUAGUUUCCUGGUAAAUUUCCUGGAAACUACAAUGUAAAUUGGUAUUUCACUGAAAGAAAACUUUGAUUUAAACCCAGUUUGUUGUACAUUUAUUAUUGGAAACUCUCUACUUAUAGAUUUGGGCUCGUCUAUGGACAGUUGUAACAUUUCUUCAAACUGUUCAGUUUUACUGCUGUAUGCUGACUAAAACACUAUCUCGGUUACAAUGGCAAGUCAUUGGAAUGUAUUUGCUGGAGAGUGCCCACAGAACACUGUUUUUAAGCCCAUAUAAUCAAUACUGAACACUCCUUGCAAAGAAACGAUCUAGAGAAUUAAUAAGAAGUGAUUAAGAAAUUAUGGACCUGUCAAAUAAAUUGAGUUAGUGACGCCUCCAGCCACUGCCUUUGUUUGGCUAAACAAAAGAGUCGUUACUUGAAAGGCAGUUUAAAAAUCUUCCUUACUGCGCAGCAGAUGGAACAUGUUUUAUCCUGGCUGGAUAGUAGAAUAUUUGAGGUACCUGGAAAUGUCUUUAAAACAGAGCAAAGUGUUGUUAAAUAACCUUUGUGGUGCCUGUCUGCAAAAAUCUCAAAUGUGAAAAGGACAUUACAUCACCAAAAGUCAAUAUAAUCUACAAACAGGGACAUCAGUUGUGUAAUCCAUGUAAUGACUGUUUACUGAUGUCACUGUUGCAGUAAUGUGACUGACUGAAGUGUUGCAUGCAAGAAAUCUGUUCACUGCACAUUUAUCUGAUGGUGUUAAGUGAACCGCAGUGGCACUAACCGCUGCUGUUUACACACUGUAGGAGCUAAAUGUACAGUGAGUGUUGCAGGUGUUGAUGCCCUGUACUCGUCAGAGUUAUGGCAGAAAUGCGGUUCUGUAAUCUCGUGCUGACGUUGACAACAAAGAGAUCGCUCAUCGGCUGCCGGCGGUGCAGACAGAGUUCAUGUAGCUGGUUCAAAUCCAGUUUGCAUGUUACACACAGCAGUGUAAUUGAUACAGCCUGGAGAGGUGUGUGGAGAAAGCUGACAUCAGGUCAGAGACAGUAUAGCUCAAAGCCAGCUGACAUUUCUACAGUGACUGGAGCAACACUGUACUCUGAUGGUCCGACAGUGGUGGUACUUUAACCUUCCACGGUUUUGUCAUCACGUCGAUGAGACCUUCGCCCUCACUUAGCUCUCUGUCUCACACCACACAGAGUAGAUGUGUUAUUUAACAUUAAUAAUAAACAUUUCUCCUCUGUUUGUUUGAGAGGUGGCUAUAAAAAGUCUGCAGUUUCCAUCAGCUGAUUCACAAUCAGUGGCUCAGUCAUUGGCUAUUUGGCUACCAGCUGACUAUUAACACCAAAUCACAUUCAUGCGCAGCCUUUUGCACCUCUUGGUUAUUUUUAUAUGCUUCUGCCAACUCCCUCCACCACCCCCACCUCCUCCUUAUGUGUCAAGUCUUCAUAUUUCUGAUUUCACUAAGAACUAAUGUUAAUGUAUAUGUUUAUUAGGAGGGGGUCAUUUCUUCCAUCAGAGCCCUCAUUGCUGCUCGGAUACUUUGAGAGCUCCCACAAAAAGCAGGGCAUAACUUUGCCAAAUAUAAGCUUUUAUUUUGUUAAAAAUGGUCAGUUAUUUGACGGAAAUGUUGCCUACAAUGAAUUCCAGCUGUGACAAGAGUUCAUUGCUCAAUUUUUCCAAAAUUGCACGGAUACUUCUGAGACCAGUCUUGUGAAGUAAUCCCUCUUAAUGCUGUCCGUGUGUCUGCUCUAGGGGUGGCACGAAAUCAAAUUUUCACUAAAUGAUUAUCAUGGCCUAAAGAGUUCACACUAUUAACCUAAUAUCUGUAGAAAAUGUGUAAAUACUACCACUAAUAAUGAUGCUAUCAUCUUUAAUUGUAUUUGUUGUGCGUUUUGUCUAUUCUUGGGCAAAUGAAUUACACUCUAAAUACGAGUGUACAGAGGUGGAGAGUUUGUAUAACUGUACAAAAUUGUACAAAAAGAGCAAUUACACUUAAUGGAUAGAGAAAAGCAACAUGAUUUGCAGGAGGGAGACAAAACGGGAAUGGAAGAAAUAUUUAAGAGGUGGUGGAUUGUUUACACAAUGUGAUCAUACACGUAUUAUUAACAUGAUAUCAAAAUUUCAUUUUUAAUAUCAGGGUUAUCUUUAAUAUCACUGUAUUGUUCCUAACAGAGGUGGGAGAUAUGAAAAUACAUUACUAUACGACUGUGAUGAAGCAUCUUCCUUUUAUAGGUGUUUCAUUCAAAUUUAUCUUCAAACAAUUUCUCAAUUGAAGUUCUAGAAAUGUUUGUAUAUUAUGAUAUAACAUGUACUGUUAUUACAAAUGUAUAUAUCAUGGUCAAAUAUUUUAUCCAUGUUAUUGACACCAUUUGAUCCCUUUCCUCCUGAAUACAAACAAUAUGUUCACAGAUUCCAGCAAAACUAAAGACCUUUGAGGUAAUCAUGAUGUGGAUGAUGUUUAUUUAGCCAUAUCUUGUCAUUAAUAUGAGUAUGUGGAAGAUAAUGAGAAUGUGUUUGUCACCAUUUCCAUUCAUUGUAAUUGACAUGACUUCAAGUUGUCUGUAGUCAUUAAGAAUCAUUUUUUAAGCCCAAAGAAGGCGAAUGUUUAACGUUUUUCUGUAUAGAAUUAUACUCUCAAAACGUAGUGGUAACAUAAGAUACUUUUCUAAGUUGUUUAGACUGUGCGAAUGUUGUGUAACCUGCGUAUAUUGCGAGGACAGACGUGGCUGUGUAUAUGUACAUAUAUGAGUCUUACUAUUUAAUAAAGAUCAUAUUCAGUCA